GUAUCAUACCCUGCUCAAAAUGACCACAGUGUCAAAUAUAUUGACUGUCAUAUGUUAUAUUGGGUCACCUGCUGGAAGAGACUGGCUGUGUUUUGACGCGAGCUCAGCUGCCUGACGUGACGCGUUAUUUUUGUUAUCAGUCAAUGCACACGAUCAACCAGUCCACAACCUGUUUAUAAAAGUCGCAGGAGAAUAAGGUCUUAGCGUGCCCAUUCACUGCGUACUCACUGCACUUAUGUCUGAUCCUAAAGUAUGGCUAAUCACAGGUACAUCAUCAGGCUUUGGUCGCCGUUUAGUAUCAAUCGUUCUAGAACGCGGCGAUCGUGUAGUCGCGACGGCCCGAUCUCUCCAGAAAAUCCAAGAUUUCCCCCAAUCUCCGAACCUACACCUCCUCGAGCUUGACGUGUCUUCUGGAACGAGUGCCAUCAAGGAACGAGUAGAUGAGGCGGCUAAGGUGUGGGGCAGGAUUGACGUAUUGGUGAACAAUGCGGGUAUUGGGCUGCUGGGAAUCCUUGAGGAAUGCGGGGUAGACAAGAUGAUAAGCCAAUUCCGCCCGAAUGUCUUCGGCGUUCUGGAUGUCACGAAUGCAGCAUUGCCAUACAUGCGUGAAAGGAAGAGUGGUACUGUAGUUAUUAUCGGAAGUCGCAGCGCCUGGAGGCCUGAAAUCGUGGGACUUGGUCCCUAUGCCUCAUCAAAGGCAGCCGUGCAGGUAAUGGGUGAAACACUUGCCGUGGAACUUGCACCAUUCAACAUACGCGUCCUGAUCGUCGAGCCUGGCGCCUUUCGCACCGAAAACAUAUACAGCAAUAAAUUUGAUACGUGGACGAAUCCUAUACCUGAUUAUGAUGAAACACGAGCUGAAAUACUGGUAAAAGUUGAGGCUAUCCCUGGCAAGCAACCAGGAGACCCGAUGAAGGGGAUGAAACUCGUCGUAGACGUUGUAAGAGGAGAGGGCGCUGCGGCUGGGAAGGAGUGGCCGUUAUAUCUCGUUUUGGGAGGGGAUGCAGAGAGAGACAUCAGAAAUAAAUGCGCGGCAAUGCUGAAGCACCUAGAUGAAUGGCAGGACGCAAUCCGGGACGUGAAUAUAUAGACCGAUGUGCAUUGUACGACUAUGUAUGGGAACAUUAUGGAUACAGCUCGUAGAUCAUCGAGUAUGUUUGCUGUCGAAUUUGUUAUUUCGGUUUCGUUAUGAUCCUGGUAUCCACACUUCAUUUGCUGCUUGUGUAUGAGGAAGGAUCAAGUACUGUCUUCCUUCUAUACGGUCUGGAUCGGGGAGACUAUCAGAAAAUGUACCUGUCAGAUUUGCGAACCAUGCCUGGAAGAGCUUAUGCGAGUUCUUGUCAUAUCAUCGUCGUGGUUUAUGGGCUGGUCUGUUAGUAAUGAUGCUUGAUGUACUGGUCAG